GGAACACCCUUCGACAUGGCCCGGAUGCUGUUGCUCAUCUUCAUCACGGUCCAUCCAGGAUCCUGUGCUCUCUGGGUGUCCCAGCCCCCUGAGAUCCGUACCCAGGAGGGCACCCCUGCCUUCCUGCCCUGUUCCUUCAAUGCCAGCCAAGGGAAAUUGGCCAUUGGUUCUGUCACAUGGUACCAGGACAAAGUGGCCCCAGGGAAGGAGGUGAGGAAUGAGACUUCAGAGUUCAGGGGCCGCCUGGCCCCUCUUCCCUCUUCCCGCUUCCUCUGUGACCACCAGGCGGAGCUGCACAUCUGGGACACCCGAGCCCGUGACGCCGGAGUCUACGUGUGCAGGGUGGAGGUGCUGGGCCUGGGUGUCGGAACAGGGAAUGGGACUCUGCUGGUGGUGGAGAAAGGACCUCCUCAGCUAGCUGCCGGCACAGUCUUCCUCCUUCGGGCUGGGUUCUAUGCCUUCAGCUUUCUCUCAGUGGCCAUGGGCAGCACCAUCUAUUACCAGGGCAAAUGCCACUGUCACAUGGGAACACACUGCCACUCCUUGGAUGGCCUCUGA